CGCUCAUUCAUUGGCUGUUAAAAAUAAAUAAAUAAGACCUCUACUAAAAUGAAGACUACUAUAGGAUUUAUUAAUUAAGUUUGUAGUUAUAACAAAGACUUCACUGAAGUAUUUUGUUAUCAAGUCAUUAUUUUAAUUUAUUUCACUAAGAAUCGAUUCAGAUUUUGAAGAAGAGUUUUUCUGAUCAUUUAUUUUACAAUGCCACUAAAUGCUAUGGCAAUGCAUAAAAAAGUAUCUUGUAAAAGAUUAAGGCCCAAUGCACGUUUUCAAGACUGGCUGUUGCACCUGUGCGCCGAAGCGAAAGCAAAGAAAAGCAGCCUUGAACCAAUACUCAAAGAGGCAGUAGAAUCUCUAGAGAAAUAUCCAUUGCCGCUUAAAACGGGAUCUGAGUGCAUCAUACUGAAAGGUUUUAACAAAAAAUUAUGUUUAUAUCUUGACAAAUGUUUAAGUUCUUUUAAUAAAGAUGUCUUGUCUGAUAAUAGAGGCUAUAGAGAGCCUAGUAGCUCUGUUAGACCUACUCCACUAUCUCCAAUCCUAUCUAGUCAGCUGGUUACUAGGAGUAGCAGCAAUAGUCCAGUUUCAGAAACUUUGUCAAAUGUUGGGUUCUCUCAAAGGCAAGGGAUUACAUCAAAUCCAGAUAGUGCAAUAUCAGAGAAUCUUCAAGAAAAUGUUUCAAGCGAUUCUGGAUUGUCCAAUAGUAAUAAAAAGAAAAGAGCUAAAAGUAUAUACAAACCUGCUCACAGGUCAGGAAGCUAUGCUAUUUUAGUCACAUUACUAGAACACAGUAAACAAAACAAUUCAAAUUUUUCAAUGACUAAAGAAGGUUUAAUAGAGAAAGCUCAAAUUCACUGUGAGGAAUCAUUUGUAAGACCCAAAGCAGGUUCUAUGUAUACAGCUUGGUCUAACAUGAGCAGGCUUUUAGCAAAGGGUCUGGUUACAAAAACUAGGAAAAAGAAUGCUGAAUAUUCAUUGACAUCAGAAGGUGAAAAACUCGCAACAGAAUUGUUAGAAGCAAGUAAAAACAUACCUAAUGUAAAUGAUAUGAUUUUUCAUGACAAAGCUUCAACAAGCAGUGGUAUAAAUGUCCAGUUUGUCAAUACUGCUAAACAAGGACUGACUACAACAGAAGAACCAUGUCACAUAGAAAUGCAACCUGGGGAAUUUGAUAUAAUAUUACUGAUUGAUAAAAAUGAAACUGGAGGGCUUAAGAAGAGAAAUGAUCCAACAAUCAUGGAAUUUAAUAAGUAUCCAGACUUGAAACAUGAUUACAGAAGUUUGAAAGUCGGAGACUUUACUUGGAUAGCGAAACAUAAAAGCCAUCCUGAACAAGAACUAGUUCUACCAUAUGUAGUGGAAAGGAAGAGAAUGGAUGAUCUAGCUGCUAGCAUCAAAGAUGGGAGAUUCCAUGAACAAAAGUUCAGACUCCGAAGAUGUGGACUCAAGAAUGUUAUCUACUUGGUAGAAAAGUAUGAGAAAAACAAAGGUUUGGGAUUGCCUUUACCGAGUCUAUUGCAAGCCCUGACCAACACUAGAGUCCAAGAUGGAUUUAAAGUUCGUUCAACCAAUUCUCUCAAUCAAUCUGUCCGGUUUUUGGCUAUGAUGACGAAACGAUUAACAAUACGAUAUGGGAAAAUGACCCUGCGAAAUGGCGGCGAAGAAUGCGAUGAUUCUGAUGAUGAUUUGAAGUUUGUGGUUCCUCAGGUAGUGAAACUGAUGACAUUUGAAUAUUUUAACAAAUCGUCUGCUAAAACCAAACCGCUUACAGUAAAGGAUACUUUUAUAAAAUUACUUCUCCAACUAAAAGGUGUUUCCGUAGAGAAAGCUUUGGCAAUUACGAAUAGAUACCCAACACCACAUUCUUUAAUAGUCGCUUACUAUAAAUGCGAUCAACAAGAAGGAGAGCUACUUCUGGCCAGCUUGAAAUACGGCGAUCAAACACGCAAUAUUGGACCUGCUUUAAGUAAAUCUGUUUAUCAUUUAUUUUCAACUUUAAAUCCAAAAUGAUGUUGUGUCCUUUCAUUAUUUCAUGGAUUUAUGUGGAUUGCCUGUAAGAAACAAGUAAGUCAAUGAAAGACUGACAAACGAACA